AUGAACAACGCCCUGAGGGAUACCGAGGCCCGGAGUUACCGUGAGUGCCUCCUUCCCUCUAUGGCUCGGACUUCUUCAAUCACCCAGGUCAUGCCAGCCAAGAAGAUAACCUUCUUCAAGCGAGGGGACCCACAGUUUUCUGGGGUCCGGCUGGCGGUUCACCAACGCACUUUCAAGAGCUUCACUGCCCUGAUGGACGAGCUCUCUCAGCGCAUGCCUCUCUCCUUCGGGGUGCGUUCUGUCACCACACCCCAGGGGCUGCACUGCCUCACCACUCUGGAACAACUGGAAGAUGGAGGGUGCUACCUCUGUUCUGACAAGAAGCACCCCCAAGUCCUCAGUGGAUCUGGUAGGUUACAAAGGAGACACCUCUCUGCUCAGCCAUUGGAGGAUUUCAAAGGCCGGUGUGAGGUGCCAGGAACAUCCUCUUCCUGGAAGGACCCUAAAGCCCCGAAGAGAAUCAUACUGGUUAAGAACACAGACCCUAGAUUCCAACGGACUGUGGUUCUCAGUCACAGAAACACUAGGAGCCUUACAGCCUUUCUGAGCAAAGCCUCAGAUCUUCUGCACUUUCCCGUGAAGCAGGUGUUCACAAUCAGUGGGAAAAAGGUGGAUUCCCUGCAGAAUUUGCUGAACAGCCCGUUGGUACUAGUAUGUGCUGGUCAUGAGUCAUUCAGACCUCCUUCAAUGGAAGAUUCCAAAAGAAAUGGGACUGAAACUUUAUCUGGGCUGACUUCAAGGAACAAAAAUGGGAGCUGGGGGCUGAAGACCAAGCAGAGUAUUAUCCACUCGAGGUCCAAGUCAGGCAGCAGAUCACGGCGGUUCUCCUUGCUGUCGGAGAAGUCCGGUCUCAGUGACCCAUCAGUGUCUUUGCAUCACACCUGGAUGGGCUCUGCCCUUCAUUGGCACCCACGGGAUACACCUGUCCACACUGGCCCUUUGGUGGCUGAUAAUGACUUUGAGAAGAAGGUCCACAUGAACGAGGAUGGCAGCCUGUCUGUGGAGAUGAAAGUCCGUUUCCACUUGUUCAACGAGGACACACUCCUAUGGUCCACGGGGGUCAGGAGGGCCAGCACCCUCACGACAGCAAGUGGGGAGCGUGUUGACCAAGGGGAGGUAGACCACCUACAUUGUGUGUGGAAGGGCAGCCCUGGUAGCUUCUCAGAGCCUGGGGCACUGGGACUGAAGCCCUGUGAGUCGGGAGGUGAGGAGGCCUUUAACCAAGGCCAGCAAGCAUGGCCCAGCUAUGAGAUCUGGACAAACCCCCUGUACAGGUCCCAGGUAGAGGAAAUAGAUUCUGGGAAGAGGGCUCAGCUCACCCAGCACUCCAGGCCUUCCUGGAGCCAAGGAGCUGCCAGCAGAAAAAGAACCAGUAAGGCCAGUGUCAGCUCAGCCUCCAAUGACAGACCUGCAGCAGGCUCAGAGCCAAAUUCCUAUUGCCCCAGGAGCCUGGAGGGCAGCAUGGGCAGCUGCAGGGAGCAUCAGGCCUCCAGGGCUGCCUCCAAGAGAGGAGCUGAGCAGGAAGCUGGCUGCAUACCUCAGGCUGGGAAUGGAGACCUACAGGCAGAGGAGAGUGGACAGAGCACUGGGAGCCACAAGGCCAGAUGUGGGUCUGUGAAAAGGCUGCCCAUGGCUUUGGGCCACUCUCGCUCAUGGGAUGCUGAAGGAUGCUCUUUCCCACUUUCCUCCUGUGCCUCAGUCCAGAGGAGGAGGAGAAAGCAGAAGAGCCAAGCUAGUGCUGUAUCCUUACCCAAUAUUUCUGGCUUUGGCAGUAACCCACCAGCAGUCAUCAGUGCCAUCAUUACACCUGUUAGUAAUUCAGAUCCACAAAAAAGAAACUGUGCUUCUCAUUUCUACCACCCACACUUCACCUCUGCUGAGAGUGAUGGGAACCCUGAUCUCGAGGGGAAGAUUUCUGGUGAAGAGGAAAACCUUGAGGAGCAAGAAGAUAGUGUCAUGAUGCUUAGUGCUCUGCCCCACAUCUCACCAGAAAUCCUUGUCUAUGAAUGGCUUAGCCACAUACCAGAAGACCCCAUACUCCUGAAAUAUGAAAUGAUGGAAGAGAGCCCAAAUGUGGCUGGAAAUGGCCCAGAAACUACCCAGGAUGACCCUGUUUAUAAGCAAUCUCUGGAAGAUCUUGGGGAGUUAGCACAGUCCAGAGAACAGCCCCUGGAAGGGGAAACCAGUGACAGACCAGAACUAUACGAACCGCCAGUGACUGAUGAUGCUAGCUCCAAAUCAGAGGAGGCUCUUUCUCAAAGAGAAGCUUCCAGAUAUGUUUCAGAUGCAUGUGCAGAGGCCAGAGCCAGCAAUAGAACCAUAGUGGGCCAUGGUGUGGGUGAGGGUGUCUUGCCCAGCAGGAUUCCUGCCUCCAUACAGAUCAUGAAGACAUUGAUCAGCUCAAAGCAGGGCCGGCCCAGCAGCCUGCCUGAAGUGUCUAGUGUGGUGGGGCAGAGGCUCAGCCACUCUGCCUGUGCCCUCAUCACUUGUCUUGCUAGGCUCCACUUCUUUGAUAAAGACUUUGGGUCUCCUUCCAAAGUGAGGUUCACAGACUCCCCUCAGUUCCAGGAGCUCCUAGCUACCUUUAAAUCCCUGUGGCCACCGUGUAAUGAAUUGGAUUUGGACCACCAGGAGAUCAGGUCAUGCCAGGUUCUGCCAGGUUUUACAUCUCACGCUGUGACUGAGGACUUCACCCCAACAUCCUCCUCAGGAGUGGAUGUCAGCAGUGGUUCUGGAGGCUCUGGGGAGGGCAGUGGGCCUUGUCCUGUGGAAUGCACCCUGACCUCUGAGAGAAUGGAGCUGCCCUUGAAAGUGGUGACGGGCAUCAUUUCCUAUCAGAGGCCUGACUCCAGAACCUCAGAGCACCCAGAGUAUCUGAGAAACCAACACCUGAGCUGUUCUAAAGCCUCUUCAAACUCUCAAGCUUUGGCUUGUAUCACAAGCCAGGAUGAAGCAGGAGAAAAUAGCAGGGAACAGAUGUUGGGCAAUAGCCUAGACCAAUUAGUUGAAAACACAGUGCAUGAAGAGGGGGUACAAGAAAAGAAAAUAAAAGAAGAAAUAGAAAAAGAAGAAAUGCCAGAAGAGCAAAGUAAAGAGGAAGAGUUUCCAGAAGAGAAAAGCAUCAAAGAACAGGAAUUAUCAGUGAAUGAUACUCAGGAUGGAGAGGGCACACAGGAAGAUAUGAAAAUGCAGAAAGAGGAAGCAGGAAGAGACCCUGAUUCUGUAGACCUGUGUCCUCCAGAGAUGAGCAAUAAACUAACAGAGUCCUGCACUAACCCCAGUGAGAGUGACUCUCAUGUCAGUGAGCAUCAAAGUGGUCCCACAUGUGAGCCUGAUUUGAAAAAGCUGCCCAGAAAUGCUGAGAUGGCCAGGGAACAAACCCAGGUCAGUUCCACUCAAGGGGCUGGGGAGAAGAACAGCUCCAUUGCCCACAGAGUGUCCCUGGAUCCUGACCCCAUCUGGGUGUUCAAGUUGCUGAAGAAGAUGGAGAAGGCCUUCAUGACCCACUUUGCCAACUCCAUGGUCACCAUCCGGGCCCGCUGGGGUCUGCAGAACAAUUAUGAACUGGAUCAGAUGGUGGCAGAGCUGGAGCAGGAUGUGAGCUCGCGGCUCCAAGACAGUGUUAAGAAGGAACUCAGGAAGAUUCAGAGCAGGGCCGGAAGGAAGGAAUCCAAGCCACUCCGGGAAGCAUUACAGUGGGAGACAUCAUUGCAGACAGAGCAGCGGAGGCGCCGCCUCCAUGACCUGCGCAACCUCUCUGCCUUCACAGAGCAGACACGAGUCAGUGGACUCCUCUCCCUCGCCCUGCAGGAUGAAAUACCCCUCAAUUGUACCCCAGGCACUGAGUUGACUGGGAAGGCUGAGGAGGAGGAGUUCUGCCCCUGUGAGGCCUGCAUAAGGAAGAAAGUGGGCCCCACAUUUCUGAGAGACACAAUAGGAACAGGCAGUGCACCAAUCAAAAAGGCCUUUGACUUGCAGCAGAUUCUACAGAACAAGAAGGAAGGAUGUACGAAUGGGGAGGCAGCAAAGAGGACUUUUGAGAAUGGAGAGUUGGGCCUACUUCACAAUUCCCCUGCAAGGACCAGAACUGUCCAGGGAGCUGAUGGAGGACUGGAGCCUGGAUUAGGCCUUUGUUCUGGGUCAGAUGAGGGAGAUAAGGAUGAAGGGAACCAGAAACUCAGUCGAGUUGAAGAUCUUGAACUAAAGGAGGCAGAAGGGGCUAGUUACCAAGAGGGAGAGGAAGACCCAGGGGCUCAGAAGAGAGACAGGAAAACAGAUACCAGCAUUGGCAAUGAUCUGGAGGAAGAAGAAUGGGAGGAGCAAGGUGUGAAUGAGAAGGAAGAAAACUUGAAUGAGGGCUCUGGGAAUGAGGAUAAUUUGGAGGGUGAAGUGUCAGGAAAAGGUGAGCGAGGUUCAGGCAGAGAGGGUGAUGGAAUAGAUGCUGUCAAGGCUCAGGAAGCUGAAGGAGAGGAACAGACAGAGUCAGAAGAUAAGAAAGAAGAUAGUUCUCCAGUUAGCCAAGAAGAGAGUCAGCUGGGAAACUGUUCAGAGGUCUCUCAGAAAGGGUCAGAAGAAGAGCAUUCCAGUGGAGACACAAGCAACACUGCAGAUGAGCCCAAGGAAGUCCCUCAUCCAGAUAGAAAAGUCACUCGGAUGUACUUAGAAAGCUCCGCCUCUGAGCAAGAAGGAGCCCAUUCAGGCCCAAGCACUCUAGACCAGGAAGCAGAUGAAAACCCUGACUUAGAAGGCAGGAAGAUAGUUAAAAGCCUCACCUUUACCAAGUUAGUAGACAGGACAGAUGAAUUUGGCCAAGACGAUUUAGAUUUCUAG